CAGUCCCGCCCUCUCUGCUCUCUUCUACUUCUGCUCCAAUCCAAGAAUCCACCGACCUCACGGCGGCCGCGCGAACCCUACCUCCCCUAACAGCCUCAUGGGGCCGACCGUCGUGGCGAGCCGGAAGCGCGAGGCGGACGCCUUCCUCGGCGACCCCUUCGACCUGCCGCGCUUGACGAAGCGCGGCCGGUGCUCGGCGUCGGCGGCCGCCGCCGACCUCGGCCUCAGCUUCCCGCUGGAGUCCGACCCGGUCGAAGCGCUCCAGCUCAUCUUCCCCGGCGCCGAUCCGCAGAUUCUACGAGAUCAUUUACAAGCGUCAGGAAAUGUCUUGGAUGCUGCAAUCAGAGCAUACAAAGAUUAUUCGGCAGAUAGAAGCACAGAAUCUGCUUCUGCCGUAACCUAUCCUCCGUCCGACAACCGGGCAAACGAUGCCGUCCCAUUUGAAGUUGAUUUUCCACUGUCAACUAUUCCCACCAAUGGCUCUGAAUGGGCAGAACUCAUUGUCAAGGAGAUGUCCUCUGCUUCAAAUUUGGUUGACGCCAAGAAUCGCGCCUCCAAGAUACUCAAACUAUUGGAAAAAUGUGUUGCUAGGGUUAGCCCAGAUGAAAAGCGCAAAGUAAACAAGGAGCACAAGAUAGUGAAGCAGAUGCUGGGAGCCCUACUUCACCAGAACGGCGUUCUGAAGCGGGCUUUCCUCAUACAGCACAAUCGGCUCAAGGAGUAUCAAGAGAUGGUGCAGGAGCGGUCUCAAUUCAACCAGAUCGUCGAGGAGUACCAGAAGCAAAUAAAGGCAUUAGAGGAGAAGAACUAUGCCUUGUCAUUUCACCUUCAGCAAGUGAACCAUUGCAGCAACACCUACGGUUAUCGCAAUCCAGACGUCUUCUAACCAAUACUGUUGGCUGAAAUUUAUGGGUCAAUCCACCAGGUCCUGAAACUGAGGGGAAAAUCCUUUUUCAGACAGAAAAAGUAAUCAAAGAAAGGAUAUAUUCAUGUGUGGUAUUGCAAUGAGUUUGUUCCUGUCAGUAUUCUCUAUAGAUCAUAGCCGAUCUAGUUUAAGUGAGCCAAAUUUGAGUGAUUGAAAAAUUCAUGUAAACCAUUGUGUUCUAAAUUAUUGUGAUAGCAUAUUGUGAUAGUUCUCCAUCAAGCUCCUUACUGAGAAAUGAUGAUCAAAAAGCCUUUAUACAGGGAGUUUGAGGA